GGGGGGGUGGGGGGUAGGCUGACUGUAGAGAUUCUACCUCUGAAGACAGUCUGUCUUCAGGGCAGACUGAUGAAAACGAUGGAGGAAACAUUUAUGUAACAUUUAUACUAAGUGAAUAAAUGUGGAAUUCACACUAUUUUCUAACACAUCAGUGUAAUUCUGGUUAAAGCCUCAUAUCAGGGCUGGACUGGCUAGGGUUACCAUAACCAUACCAUACCAUUGGUGAGACAAAAAAGAUGGCGUGUCCUCUAAUUAAUAAGAUUUCGCGUUCACCAGCCAAUCAGGUACUGCUUCUCUCAUGCAUAUUAAUGAGUUUUCCCUAAUCAAGCCGUAAAAUGAAAAUUCACGUCCGGGGCAACCUUACAGUUUACACUUUACAGGAAUCUACACACAAUUGACACAAAAUACAAGUGUUUUUCAACAACACUUACAGUACAAAACGCUAAGCUAAAGUUUGUUAAACGUCAAGCAAACAAUGUGAUUUAUUGUUCACAAGGCAAUGAAAAUGAAGUGUCAGAGUGCCAGUGGUUUCCGAGGUUGACAUCACUCAUGAGCAGUGUGACACGUGGGGAUGUGUACAUCAUUUAACACGUAGGGAUGUGCACAUCAUUUAACACGUAGGGAUGUGCACAUCAUUUGACACGUAGGGAUGUGCACAUCAUUUGACACAUAGGGAUGUACACCUAGUUUAACAUGUAGGGAUGUGCACAUCAUUUAACACGUAGGGAUGUGCACAUCAUUUAACACGUAGGGAUGUGCACAUCAUUUGACACGUAGGGAUGUGCACAUCGUUUAACAUGUAGGGAUGUGCACAUCGUUUAACACGUAGGGAUGUGCACAUCGUUUAACACGUAGGGAUGUGCACAUCAUUUAACACGUAGGGAUGUGCACAUCAUUUAACACGUAGGGAUGUGCACAUCAUUUAACAUGUGCCCGAGCCUUGCAAACGCUGUGUGGUGAUACUCAGUGGUUGCCAUACAUUGAAAAUCGGUGCCUCUUCCUUCGGUUGGUACUCCACUGUAACUUGCAAAACUGGGUCAUACAGGUAGCGGCGAUAAAUCCGGACAAACCUCCGACCUUUGAAAAACUGCCGGGACAGGGGCCCAAAAAGAAGAUGUGUUUGUGCAAAGCCAGAUGUAUGGUAACCUAGGACUGGCCAUCUGACAUAGUAGGUGUUGUCCGCUGGGCUGAUGGGAUUGUGGGCCUGAAAGUCUAAUCCCAGUUUGGCUCUGACCUGUUUAUACAAAGUGCAGGCACAAAUCAGUGUGGGGGGGCUGGCAGGAAAUGGCAGCCCCCCGAAAGCGUGGCACUGGUGCUCGUCGUAGCCCAUGUGGCAGCUUAGGCAAAAUUCCCCCCUCCCCUAGAAAAACACUUCACUGCCCAAUUUCACUUUGCUUCGAACGGUGGGCAAGGGUGGGUGUCGACAGUGAAGGUUGCCAGGGGGGUGGGGGGGGGGGGUCAAAAGUUUGCUAAGCCAGUGCCCAGCUCAAGAGAUGCCAUCCAUCUUGCCCAUACCAGGAUCCACCCAUGUGUGGCGCUAAUGAGAUGCCUCCCAUUUAUUCAGGAAUAUCUCAUAUUUAAAAUGCCCCAUCCUUCCUUUUUCUUUCUUUCGAUCGUCUUAUUUCUCCACAGUCGUCUCUCAGUUGCCGUUGCUUGCCUGCCUAUUCUCAUGCUUUUCACUGCCUGAAAAGUCUGAAAUAAAAAUUUUGUUCCAAUUCCUAAAUUAUCUUAACAUGUAACACAUCAAACACAUGCCUUUCAAGGCAUAACGUAAACCUUCACAUACAAAACAGUGGUCAAAAUUAUAAUCUACAAAAACGUGACCAAAAUAUGAGAGUGUUUUGUUUUAGAGAUGUAUGUAUUAUGUAUAUAUUUGCAACUGGCUGACAGAUGUAACACUGCAAGGGGUGACUUACUGUGCAUAUAAUUACAGCUUUUAUGUGCUAAACUGGGACACCAUAUAGACCUUGAGGAAAAUACCCAGCUACCAAUGGCCUAUAUGCAUUGAAAAAAUUAUAAUUUUUUUACAUGUUCAUAAUAGAUUUCAUACAAAUAUUUUGCACAAAUAUUUAAUUAGAAGUAUUUUUGUAUGUAUAAUGCAUCUGCAUAGCUUAAACAUAUGUCUAAAACCUGUAGCAUGUAAAUUUGCAUCACAAGAGUUGGUAUGUAGGAAUAUCGAUUACAUGGACAUUAAUGAAUACUUUGCCUCAAGUUGCAAUGACAUGCUAUUAAAUUAAUGAAUUCUCUGAGAUUUCCAAAUGAGUAUUUGUUUCUCUACAGAACAUAAACAAACCACAAGCCAUUGCGGUUCUGGGUUGUCUAGCUUCCAACCUUCACCCCAUCUGCAUCUUUAUUUCCCAGUUUUGAUGUCCUAAUGAGAGACCCCUGGCUACGUUCCAGCAACCUGGCACAACUCUUCUAAGCCAGGACAUGCACCCUCUACUAUACAGACUGGGUGGGGGCGAGGGGGCUUGCAGUAUAUAAGCACCAUUGAAAACCUGAUCGACACUACAGUUGGCAUCCCCACCACGGCUCACCUGAAAACUGCUUAGGAAUCUGGGACGCAAGACAAGAACUUGCUCAAGUUGCACGUGUGCUGAACACACGGCAAAGGCAAACGUGCUCAGCAGCUCGAACUCCAACACACUUUGGGUGAACAGGCACAUUGCAGGCAGGCGCUAAGAUGGCUGGUCUGGUUCUCCCUCCCCGUUUAUCAGUCCUCCUGCUAGCACUCCUCUGCAUGACUUUGGCAUCCUCUGGGUUUCCUCUGAGAUACUCUCCUCCAAUUGGACAAGAGGAUUCCAAAAUGGCGCAGUGGGAGGUUCUGUACCCCUCCAUCUCACUCCUUGAUUGGAGCUUACAGAUGAUGGCAGGUCCCGAGUUUGCCAACUCGAAAGCAAAACCUGGACUCGUGGCUGAUAAGCCCUGGCUUCCAAUGGGUCAGUCACACGUGGAGGACAUCAAAAAAAGCUGGUCAUCUGAUUGGUCAUCCCAGGCAGGUCAUGAAGGGAAGAGGAACAUUGUGGUAGCAGAUGAUGCAGCUUUUCGGGAGAAGAGCAAACUGCUGACCGCCAUGGAGAGACAGAAGUGGCUCAACUCCUACAUGCAGAAGCUGCUGGUGGUCAACUCCCAGUGAGGUCUUUGCCAGUGUGCUUAGAGAAUUAAAAGAUAAGUAACUGAACACUAAACCAUGUGUGUGAAGUGUACUUUACCAGUUAAUAAAAUUUAAGUGCACAGUAGCACUGAGUGGUUCAUAAUACAAUGAAACAAAAGGAAGUAUAUUAUUAUUAUUAUUGUUGUUAUUCAUGAUCUGUUGUUUUUUAUUAUAAAUUGAAGGAGAGCACAUGUAAUAACAAAACCAAUAUAUAUAUAUAUAUACACAGUAUAUACCAUGUGUAUCUAUACGUGUUUGUGUG